CUACAACUUCUCUCUUUCUCUUUCAUUUUUUUUCUUUCAGUUCAUAGAAAUCUUUAAUGGCAGCCAUGGAUAAUCACUGCAUCUUCCUGCUCAUCAUCUUCGCCGUCUCGCUUCAACUAGUUGCUGCUGAUGUCGCUACUACAACUUCUCCAAGUGCAAAAGCUUACUGGAAUAUGAAAUUUCCAGGAGUAUCAAUGCCACCAAUUCUGGAGUAUAUGAUGCCAAAACCAUCAGGAUUUGAUUACCAACAAGGCAAAGCCAGCUUCAUCAGGGACAAGACCAUGGCCCUCUACAAUUGGUAUAGCUAUGAUGUGAAAACAUCUGGAACACAACUUAAAAACAAGAUGUUUACCUCCAUGUUCAUCCGCGAAGAUGACCUACUAAAACCAGGCACCAUUCAUGAACUGCAAUACUUAGGUCAAUCCGACCUCGGACCAUCCUUCAUGACAAGAGAUGAAGUCCAGAAAUUACCAUUCACUUCAUCAAACUUACCACAAAUACUUUCAACUUUUGGCAUUAACACCGCCUCCAAAGAAGCAAAAUUGAUGCAGUCCACUUUGACUCGUUGUGAAGAUCCUCUCAAAUUUGGUCACCAUACAUGUGCUCCUUCUUUAGAAGAUAUGGUUGAUUUUGUUUCUUCAGAGUUCCAUCCCUCAAAUCCAAGUGAAGAUCUUAAAGUUCUUGGUGUUACAGUCACCCCUCCCAUGCAAGUUAACCAAAGGUACCUCAUAACCGGAGUAGAGAAAGUUGUUGAGAUUGGGAACCCUACAAUAGCUUGUCACAAGGCUGCAUUCCCUUACGGAGCAUUUAUGUGCCACCGUAUGGAGGGGGCUAGGGCUUAUCGCGUUGAACUCCAAAGCCUUGACAACAACAAUCUGAAGGUGGAUACAGCUCUUGUAGGUUGUCACCAUGACACUGACAAAUGGAGUCCUUCCUAUGCCGCUUUUAAGCUCCUUGAUCUCAAGCCUGGACAGCCUAUCUGUCAUUUCUUGCUUGCAGACAAUCUUAUCUUCAUAAAAAAGGUUGAUGAUAUAAAGAUGGUUGUAUCGUCAGAAUAGCAUAUAUAGCUCAUGAUUUUUCACAUAUAUGAAUUUAUGUUUGUGAAAACUGGUUGUAUAAUUGACUAAGUAUGUAUCAAGUUGUACGAGUUGGUGAUGAGUGUAUCGUCGUCUAAAAUGUAAUUUCAAGAACCAUCAAGGCUCAAGGUAUUGCCUUGGCCAAGCUAAAUCAGUUAAUAAAACUCUCAUCCCAUGCUUUCUCUUGUUAGAAAGCUGAUAUUAUAGCAAAAUAAAUUCCCUUACUUCAAAUUAAGUACUACUAGUUUCUUGUUUCUAUGUAAUAUUAUGCUCCAAGAUAUUAAGGAUCAAUU